AUGGUGAUGAUAGCGGAGGAGGGUAACUCUGAAUCUGUCUCUCUUUCAAACUCACCCUCGUCCGCCGGUGCAGUAGCAGAAAAACAUUAUCCUAAGCGACUUGACCUUAUGCCUCUGACUCGAAUCGGUACUUUAGAUACGUACUUGGGACAAUACAUGCGUGAAGUACGACAGCGGGUGUUACCUGUCAGAUUUUUCGGUUUUGUACAUGGAAUACAAGGUGAUGGGAAAUACAUGUGCCCCGACUUCGAUUGUGUCCUGAGUCCUGAGUCCUUCGGUCGGAAGACGAGGGAAAAGAAUUAG